AUGGUUCAUGUAUUGUGGUCACUUGGAAAUUCUUUAGAGGCAGCAAAACCCUUGACUAAUGACUGGGGUGUCGAUGGACUGUUGAUGAUGAUGAUGGAACUGUUUUUGAGUAUGCUUUCACAGUCCCCUCCAUGGAUUUCACGAGCUACAGAUAAUCAAUAG